UAUUUUAGGGUAGUUGAACUAUUUUUCUAUGGCUUUAUAGCAGUUGUUUCUUUUUAAAUAAUCUAAUAGGCUUAUUAGUAUUAUCAAUUCAGGGUUAUGAACCUUUUAUUUUUACAUUUUUCUCAAAUUCAAUGUAGUGAAAUGCAGCUUAACUCAUAUAUUUAUGGUUUACAUAGCUGGUUAUGUUUUAGGUUAUAAAUUUCUGUAAUAGAAAAAAUGAUGACAGCAAUAACAAAUUUCUAUUAGAAAUGUAUUUGCCUUUAAAGUAUCCUAAUACUUGUUUCAAAUGGAAAAUAAUAAUAAGGAGUUAUAUGCUCUUUUGGAAAUGUACAACAGUGAAUCAGGAUCUGACAAUUCAGAACUUGUGCUAGCUCCACAAAAAAAGAAGAAACUGACCAAACACAGGAAGCGUAGACAGAACUCUGCCACAAGAACGUUGACACCGCAGGUCUGCGGAGGCCGAACGGUCAGUCUUACUCUUGCCCUAUCUCUCUUGCUUUGCUGGCUUCUCACUCUGACUUGGUUAGCCAUCGCUCUCAAUUCUCAGAUUCAACAUCUCGACUCUACUGUACAAUCAGUUGUCGCUGGCAGCCAAGGCGUUCCAGAGGCAUUACAGAAGUGCCACUCCAUGUCCAAACAACUACAGCAGAACCAGACGGCGUUGUUCAUCAAACUCAACUUGCUCACUAACCAGCUCAACAACUUUACGUCACAGGUGACAACCAUCAGUAACUCACUGGCCAAGGUGGAGCAGAGGUUCAAGACGUCCCCAGAGCUAAUCAAGGUGCCUCACGACCUGGAGACCUUGACGACCAACAUCGCCACCUUCGGCAGCCAGAUGCAGGACCUGGAGGCGAAUGUGGUGCAACUCAAGGAGGCCAAUAGUAAACUGUCCGAGGCAGCUAAGGGACUGCAGACUAACGUCUCUACUCUCAGGGAGGAGAUGAUGAACUUACACGUAGGUGUGGCUGCUAGCGCUCCACCCAACGUAGAUGUACAGUAUAUCAACACCACUAUCAACUCACUGAGAGCUAACCUAUCACUCAUCAAUGAUACGCUCAGCAAGAAGAUCCAAUGGAACCAAGACGACCAGGAACACCAAUAUAAACAAAUAGUGAGCCUGCAAGAGCGCAAUGAGAACGUCAGCACUCGAGUGACCUCGUUACAAAACGAGUGCAACACCAAGAACACUCAAGUAACCUCUCUAAGUUCAACGGUGGACCACCUAACCUCACAGUUAAAGAAGCAAGAAGAGCACUGGACUCAAGUAUCUUCCAGAGUCAGUGAAUUGUCAGAAAUGUGCAGCAGAGCUGAGAGUAACUACACCCAGCUGAGUCAGCAGCUGAGUAGUGUACGGAGUGCACUGAGUAACUCCACUACUCACCCUGAGACUGACAGUACGAGUCUGUCAGAGUCCACGGUGACUGUAUCCAGUCAAGGUUUACGAGAGUCUUGAGUCACUGCCUAACUCUUCUACUGUCUCGUGUCGUAAGACCUGUGUAAAUAUCAUUCUCCGUUAGUGAGAUCUUGUCACUCCUCACUCUUUGAGUGAAUUGAUUUUAACCAAAGGGAAACUGUAGACUUUGAUAUCUUUUAAACAAAUCUUACGUGUAAGUUUUACAGAGGUCUUUUGUAUUUUUGAAAACAUCAGUUACGUAUCUCUUUUCAAAAUGCUCAAGUUGACCUUUACGUUUGUUUAUACUAGAGUAUCAAAAUGUUAUAAGUUACAACAAUUUUCUGACUGAGCUAAAGUUUUGGGUUCUCGCUUCAUCCUCAGGUAUUAUUUAAGGUUAAGAUUACUGUGCAAAGUGUCUGGAAUUCUGUAAAAUUAUGUGUGAACAAACAGUACCGUACUUUGUUUUAUAAAAAGUUGAUUUCUGUACUAUACUUUUUAUAAAGGAACCGCAUAAAACAUUUUGUGUGAUAUUCGUGAAAAGGAACAACGAGCCUUUAAAUAAAUGUUCACUAAAUGGUGUACAGUGUGAAAUUCACCAAAACGUAGCGUUUGUGACUCAUCCGUGGAUUCGGGAAAUGGUUUCUUGGUAGUGAAAAGAUAAUUUGUUCUAGUCGUAUUUACUUAACUAUUAACAUGUUCAAAAACUAUGUUAGUAACUUGAAACAAUUCAGAUGUUAUAUAUAUUUAAGUUUUAGGAAAUGUAAAAUAUUAGUAAAUUUAAUAAGCCUUCCAUUUUGAAUAAAUUCUGUCUGGAAAUUCUAAUUUUAUUUAUUUUGAAGUGGUACUUUCUUUAUUUAUCUUACAUGUUUAGCAUGUUGAAAUUACUAGGCCCGAUUGAUCAAAUUGGUAUGUACAUUAUAGUCUGUAUGUUGGAACCAGUGUUCCAACCCUUAUUCUACCUAGGGACUGGCUAAUGGUUUAAGGGUCCGAAGGACAUCAACUCGGAAAUCUCAGCUCGGGCUUCAGUAGCUAUGUUGCGCCAUUGAACAGCGCCAUGAGAAGGGCUUUCAGACGUUCACGGCAACUGCCUUUGUAAACUGCCCAUACAUGCUAGUAAAAAACAAUGAGUGGGGUUUUACAGAACGAAGAACAAUCUAUGCGUCUCUGGUUUUAGAAUUUUAAAGUAACAAUUCCAUAAUGAGUUAAAGCAGUUUAAAAUUGCCGUUUUUUGUCUACAUUCAAAGAAGAUUUUCAGGCUUUAUGGUACGAUAUUGAAAAUAUUGAAACCACAACACUCUACAUAAUUUAGUCCUCUUCAAAAUGCCCCCCUAACUUUGAUUCUAUGUUAAGUGUAGCCUUCAGAAACACGGUUGCCCCAGACCCUUGUGUUUACACAAACCAGCAGGGGUAGAGUGCACACUCAAGGUCUGGGCUAGUAUAAGGAUCAGGAGACAUGUUCCAUCAUACAGACUAUAGAACCUCCUUUCACUGUUGGCAGAAUGUUUAUUGAAUUUUGCUUUCAAAGAGAAUCUUGGAGAAAUCUUGAAAAUUUUUAUUCUGAAAUUGGUUGUUAAAGAAAAAAACAAUAUGACACUUUUUGAUGCUGAAAAGAAGUCUCAUCAAAAGUUAACAAAGAUAAUCAGUUGGUUAAAUUAAUUGUUUAUAACUAUUUUGGUGGGCACAAUAGUUACAUUGUACCCCAAUAAAAUACUGAACAAAGAUUGAUUAAAACCUAAAAUUUCUAUGAUAAUCGUAAAACUUGAUAUCAUUAGUCUAACACAAACCAAACGUCCAUAAAGUUUAGAGCUAACAGUGAAGAAUUAAAUGUGUGUUCUUCAAUUCUUAGCAUUUCCUCUUGAAAUAGUUAUAAGAUUUUUAACUUACGAUUUGGUUGUAUUCCAAACUAUUUAGAGACUGUAAGCAAUAAUACAACCUGAUGUUUACCAGUCCAGUAGAGUGCCAAAAAUGUAUUUUUCUAUGGCUAAGGAAGUGGACAUGAUCUAAUGCACCAAUACUUGUACAUUUACACUUAAGUUGUACCAAACCUGUGUAUUAUAUCUGAUGAUUUAUGUAAAUAUUUUUAUAACUAGUUCUAUAAAUUAUUGAUUUUAGGAAAAUUAUAUCAUUGUUAUGAAUUCAAAGAGUCAAUAGUAAAUAAAUUAUCUGUGAAUUA